AUGCUUCACACUUUAAAUAACAGUAACUUCGAAUCACCUCUUCUCAGACCUUCAUCUGCUUGUUCAGUUGGCUCACCAAAGCUUCCAUUACCGAGCUUCAAGUCGUUAAAUGAAAGCUCAGCAGCUUCUGUAGCGGCUCCUGAAUCUGAUAGUAUGUUUGAAAACGAAUUUGGGGUGCUCAUUGGAAAAUUAAGAAAAAUUUUAGGCCCCAAUAAAGGCUUGUCCUCUGAGGAUGUUGACAUUGAAAAGGUCAAGGAGAUUAUGGAAGAAUACACUUCCAAUGAAGAAGAAUGGGGGAAAUUUGCACUUCACGAUCCUUCUAGGAAUUACUCUAGGAAUGGUAUCGUAGAUAUCAACGGUAAUGCCAACUUGUUAAUCUUGGUAUGGCUGCCUGGUAAAGCAUCGGCAAUUCACGACCACGCCAAUGCGCACUGUUGCAUGAAAAUCUUGAAGGGUGAGUUGAAAGAGUCGUUGUACGACAUCCCAAACGUUGAAGAAGAAGGCGAACAUGAAUUAGUAUGCAAGCAGGAAACUAAUUUGAAAACCGAUGUUGUUGGAUAUAUUUCCGAUGAUAUCGGGUUGCACAAGAUCAGCAACAACUUAGAUAACGAAGUCAGCGUAUCCUUGCAUUUAUAUACCCCACCAUAUGCCCUGAUGUUUGGUUGCAGCAUGUAUGAAGCUAAGAAUGGGAAAAAGCACCAUGUUGAUAUGAGUAAGUACUACUCAUGGCAAGGAGAAUUGGUCAAUAAGACCGGGAGCUCCACCUGUUGA